CAGAUUGGAAGCUGCAAAUGGACGCUGUCCCUGAGGCAGAGAAAGCGCAGUACCGGUUCUUUUACGAGAAAGCAUUGAAGAGGGAGGAGGAAGAGAAAGAGAAGGAGAGGGAGGAGAAGGUAAAGGCUCAUGAAACCAUCUUUUGUACCUUGCCUGCCCUGACCGAUGAGGAGGUGGAAGAGAAAACCGUUCCACUUCUCCGGGCUUUGGUGGAUGUUCGGACUGUUGAGGACCACGCUGGCCAACUCGCUAAAGUAUUCGACGAGCUUAAGAAGUUGCGCAAGGACAUGGCCCUGAUGGCGCAGCAGCACCGUGACCAGCUGCAACAGCUUGCUAAUGUGCAGCCAGCCCAAAGCACCCUUCCAUCUACCUACCCUGCUUCUAGUGCUGCGUGUCAGUCUGUUUUUGCCCUUCUAAAUGUGUCUUCUUCUACUUCUUCUUCAUCCUUGAGUGUGGCUAACAACCAAUCCGGAUCUGCAGCAGGUCCAGACCCCGCUGCUGCUGCUGCUGCUGCCGCAACGGCAAGUGGUGGUGCAAGGAAUUCUGGAACUGUUGCAGCCCCGGGCCCGGACCCAGCAAUGCCUGGGCCAGGCGGCAGCUUUGCUUACAUCGACAGGAAGGCGGCGCAGAUUCCGUCCAAGUAUGACGGACAGGACGACGUCGAGUCUUGGAUCAGCUCCAUGCGAUCCUACUUUGAUGUAUUGGGGACACCCCCGUCCACUCAGUCGUCUAUCCUAGGGACCAAUGUGGAGCCCGUCGUGAGAGGUUUUCUGGAAACCCAAGCUGUCCAAUCAGGCUAUAAGAGAAUAGACCUGAACAAAUGGCUAAAGGCCACGCCUAUCACCACACUCGAGGACCUCUUGAUCAAACAGUAUGCUGAUCCACAUGCUGCAGCUAAAGCAAGACUCAAGCUUGACAAGCUCGAGCACAACAAGUGGACUGGCACCAUGCACAACCUGCAACAGUAUGUUAGUAAACUCUUUGCUACUCCGGAUUUGGAGAUGACUGCGCAGUCCUGUCUGGAUGUGAUAAAAGGUACGGUCCCCUCUACUCUAAAAGAUCGCCUAGGGCUCGGACUCGGCGGAUAUACAGAUUGGCUUACCCUCAUGCGGGACUUAGUCAAGCUAGAGGCACAAGACCUCCCGGGUGGAUCAAGUGGCAAAAAGGUCACCAGCCGCAAGCGGUUUCCAGGCAGCAGCCGUUUUGCAGCACAUGAUCUGCUUGAGGCUGACGAGGAGACCCUCGUGGAUGAAUCUUCUCUUGAUGACGAGCAAGAGCAAGACUGUGGGGCAUCUUGCUCUUUGUCAGCCCAUGAGUCUGAGUGUAUAAAUGACGAUGAAUCUAUGAAUGCCUUUAAAAAGACUGCUUUCAAAAGUAAGGGACCGAGGACCACGAUGAAGAACAACACUAACACUAUCCUUCUUCCCAAGGGAGCAAAGAUUCCACCAAAACCGGAAGAUCCUGCCACAAAACCAUGGGUAGAUCUCCGGAUUAGUGAAAGUGGGUGCAAGGUCUUCAGCAAGAUCAACCUCAAAUCUGGUUAUCACCAGAUUGAAGUCGAACCUGCCGACCAGCACAAAACUGCAUUCAAAACUCGCGAUGGGCCGUACGAGUUUACAGUUAUGCCCUUCGGUCUCACGAAUUCACCAGCCACCUUUCAAAGUCUCAUGGACAAAGUGUUUCGCAAUCAGAUCAACCGAUUUGUUGUUGUAUAUUCGGAUGACAUUCUUGUCUUCAACAAAUCAAUGGAGGAGCACAUGAGACACCUUGAGGAACUGAUGCAGAUCCUCAAGGACACGCAACUCCAUCUCAACUUGGAAAAAUCUGAGUUUGGGAGGGACAGCGUCAUCUACCUUGGACAUCGGUUGUCUGCUGCAGGCCUAGAGCCCGAGGCAACCAAGGUUGAGGUCAUCCAAAAGUGGCCCCAACCUGCGAAUGUCCGCGAGUUGCGUUCUUUUCUUGGCCUUGCGUCGUACUACCGUAAGUUUGUGCCUAAGUUUUCUAUCAUUGCCCGUCCAUUGUCUAGACUAACCAGCAAGAAUGUGUCCUACACAUGGGAUGAGGAGUGCAUGACAACCUUCGAAGCACUAAAGAAGGCUUUGUGGAUUCAGACACAGAUAAACCCAUCAACUACGCUGACCCGCUGGCUGCAUGAGAUUGAUGUGUAUGAUUUUGAACUCAAACACAAGAAAGGCUGCUAUAAUCGUGUUGCGGAUGCUUUGUCUCGUCACCCUGAGUACAUGACUUGCCUAGUGGGUUCCUACGAUCUUCGCAAGAACUUACAGAAGGAACUCAUUGAGCACACUGCCAAGGAUCCGGAACUCAGUCCCAUCCUUGAGCAGAUUCGGGCUGACCCUAGUAGUCAGCCUGAUGUCCAUGAUUGUAAGGGCCUUCUCUUCCGACGCUACGGUAAGCGUGACCGGUUGUGUGUACCCAACCAUGAGCCAAUCAUCACUCACUUCUUGGGUUUGGCUCAUGGCCGGAGUGGACAUUUUGGUGUUGAGAAGACAUACGAGAAUCUGUUGGAAAAGUUUGUGUGGCCUGGUAUGAAAAGAAUGGCACAAAGGUUUGUGGCUGAGUGUGAAGUUUGUCAACGCAUUAAACCGUCUCGGCAGAAGCCUUAUGGGCUGCUGCACCCUCUUCCUAUUCCUGACGGUCCGGGGGAGUCUGUUUCUAUUGACUUCACGGACAUGGGGAAGAAGAGCAGAAACGGUUAUUCCCAAGUUAUGGUGAUUGUCGAUCGUUUUUCGAAGUUUUUGAAUCUGAUUCCACUACCACCUCACGCCCCAACUGACCUUGUUAUCAAAGAGUUUCACAAAAGAUACAUUCUGCAGUGUGGGCCCCCGAAAACUCUUGUGAGUGACAGGGACACUAGGUUCAUAAGUGCAGAAUGGAAGGACUUCACCUCCCAGGUCUAUGACAUGAUACUCAAGAUGACAUCUGGUCGACAUCCCGAAGCCAAUGGACUGGCCGAGGAGAUCAACCAGACGGUGAUCCAACUUCUCCGAGCCUUAAUUGUGCCUGAUCAGAACUCUUGGGAUGAGGAAUUGCCGAUCGUGCAAGGGUUGUAUAACAACUCCAUCCACUCUUCCACCGGGAUGACGCCUAACCGACUACAUCUUGGAUGGAAAAUUCGCAAUCCUCUAUCCUACCUGUUCCCUGAACAGCCUCCUGGUCUGACACCUGGCCAGCCAGGCUACAACGCUAAGUACGAUCGGUUGCUCAAGGUUGUUGUCGCAGCUAUGGAAAGGCGACGCAGCGCCAUGAUUAAACAUGCUAACAAAAAGCGCCAGCCUGCACCAUUCACAGUGGGAAGUUAUGCUUGGGUUAAAAUGUCUGAGUUUUCUGAAGAGGAAGGUGUAUCAUGAAAACUUCUUCCUUAGUACUACGGUCUGUGGCAGGUCUUGAACCAG